AUGACGGCCCACGGCGACAACUGGGAGUCGAUCGUCGAGUGGAAGAACAGCGAAUGCCCACGGUUUUGUCAUCAAUUACAAUCUGUGGUGCUGAACAAGCUCAACGGAUAUCCAGUGACAAAUGUGCAACUCAAUUCGGACGUCCUCUCGCAGCUUCAAUUCCUCUACCUUCAAAGUGCCCUCCCACCCUCCUAUUUUGUCAAAGAUCCGAAAACGGGCGAAUUGGCCGAGUGGAUUCCGAUCUAUACAAGUGCCAUGCAGGGCAUCAGCGUCAAUCGAUUCGAGAAUAACGUCUUUGAAUAUAAAGGUCAUACCGUGACGGUCAUCAAGCUGAAGGACAAGCGAACGGUGGCGCUGGCGUCUGAUACAACGUUCAGAAACGGCUCGACACGCUACGGUGGCAACGACACGAUGUAUUUUGAGCUCGAGCCAGCGCUGCUCAGAUUAGAUGGCACCAAUUCGAUCUAUUCGAAUUUCAAGAUUCGCUCGGCGUCGAUGGGGCUGUCGUUCAAGGAAGUCAUGAAGAUUGACAAGGACUUGGAUGAGGUGGUGGCCAUCGAGGUGUGGGGCUGUGGCGGCGCUAGCACGCUGAACGAGCAGCGCGGACUGCGCGAUUGGCAGAAUCGACAGGCCGAGAGGAAUAAAAAGGUACCGCUGCCGGGCAAUUGGGAUGACAACCCGGACAAGACGCUGCUCGAGAUGGCCGGCAUCAACUUCAGCAACGAGCGCGCCAAUAUGGAGAUGGAGGGGAGACGACGGGCCGAGAUAGGCGACGGU